GGGAGGGGGCCGCGGCCGCAGCAGGAGCGGGAGGCUCGGGCCAUGGCCGCCGAUGUGUUCAUGCGGCCGGGGCGGCUCCCCGGGGCGGCGGGGCCCGUGUCGCGGCGGGCGGAGCCGGACGAGGACUCCUCGGACACGGACGAUGGGGGCUCCCCGGCGGGGCGGCGUCCCGGGCCGCGGCGGGGGCAGCCCGCGGGGCCCCAGAUCAUCCACUCGGGCCACUUCAUGGUCUCGUCGCCGCACAGCGAGCACCCGCCCAAGAAGGGCUACGACUUCGACACGGUCAACGAGCAGACGUGCCAGACCUACCGCUUCGGGGCGGCGCGGGGCGGCGGCGGCGGGGCCGGGGGGCGCCUCAGCAUCGACGCCUCCCUCACCAAGCUCUUCGAGUGCAUGAGCCUGGCCUACAGUGGGAAGUUGGUUUCACCAAAAUGGAAGAAUUUUAAAGGCUUAAAACUUCAAUGGAGGGAUAAAAUUCGUCUCAACAAUGCCAUCUGGAGGGCAUGGUAUAUGCAGUACCUGGAGAAACGCAAGAACCCAGUGUGCCAUUUUGUGACUCCACUAGAUGGCUCUAUUGAUGUAGAGGAACAUCGGCGGCCUGAAGCCAUUGCAACAGAAGGGAAAUAUUGGAAACGAAGAAUCGAAAUAGUCAUCAGGGAAUAUCACAAGUGGAGAACAUACUUCAAGAAAAGGUUACAGAAACACAAAGAUGAAGAUCUUUCAAGCUUGGUGCGGGACGAUGAUGUGGUUCUCUGGCAUCAGAGUAGAUAUGGCAGAGAAACCCCGGUCCCCAUGGAGGAAGAUUCCUUUCUGGAUGCAGACAUGCUUAUGUCUGAGUUCACAGAUACCCUCUUCUCUACGCUUUCUUCACAUCAGCUGAUUGCCUGGCCAAAUCCCAGAGAGAUAGCACACUUAGGAAAUGCUGACAUGAUUCAGCCAGGACUUAUCCCUCUCCAGCCAAAUCUAGAUUUCAUGGAUACUUUUGAAUCUUUUCAGGAUCUGUUCUCAUCCAGUCGCUCUGGCAACUUUUUCUCUUCUGUCCCUGCUGCCAGUUCUGCUAUGACAGAUACCAGCAGCCAUUCGUCCCAGUCUUCUGUCCUGCCCUCAGGUUCUUUACCCAGCACACUCCCAACAGUGAACCUCAAUGAAGGAUUGAUUGCCUCACCGGUACCUGCUCCUGUCAUUCCUGAUGUUGGUGCUAACCAAUGCUCCAACAUUAGAAGCGAGGGCUCUUUCAUCCAGCCAUCAGACUUCAAUUCCAAUUCAUCUCUAAGUGGCCAGCAGCCAUUUCUUCCGGUUUUCCAAGCUCCAGUGUCUCUGCUGCAGCCCACCGUCCCACCACACCAAGCUGCUUUGCCCACGGUGCCUCUGAAUGCCAGCUUGAAUUCCCAGCCGUCUGCUUUUACUACUCCAGAAACCCAAAAGUCUGGCCUCUGCAAAUCUUCCAUUGUUACCCACACAGCUUCUACCACCCUGACCCACAACCCCUCUGCUACCACCUUCAGCCAGAGCCAGAACCUCAUCCUGGCAACGCAGCAGCCAGGGGGAGGAGUGCCUUGUAACCUGACUCUACAGACUGCUGUUGUGCAGGGGCAGCCCCGGCCUCAGCUGCAACCCCACCUGACGUUUGCACUCCCUAAAGCCAUUCCCCUGGCGAAUGCUGGGACGAGGCCCAAACAGCCACAAAAAAUAGUGCAUGUUCCAAAGCCUGAAACGGUGUCCUUAGUAUUAAAAAAUGCCUUCAUCACCCCAGCUGCCUUUCAGGGACAGUCCAGAGCUGUGAUCGUAACCCCAGCACCUUUAAAAAGAGAGAGGAUUUUGACUCCGGCCAUGUCUCCACCUAGUGUUGUAAUUGCACCAGCUGCAAUUCCCAGAGCUCCCGGGGUGAUGGAAUUCCAUAGUAACAUUCUGGUUGGUCAAGCACAGCAAGCUCCGAGUAACCAGCAAGUGCAGUCCACAGUCUCGCAUCUCUUCUCUCCUAGUGCAGUCCAAGAUGUGAAAGGAGAGCAAAUCCCUUCCCACAGUACCUGUUCACAAGUUCCCUCACCGACACCUAGCCGAGAUUGUCAGAAUUCAGGACAGGCCUCUCCCUGCCCAUCUGAACAAAGCCCCAGUCCUCAGUCUCCACAGAAUAAUUGCUCAGGAAAAUCCACAACUGACCCUCAGAUGGCUGCAUUUAAGAAUCGAAGGAUGAAGCAUAUUUCAGCAGAACAAAAAAGAAGAUUUAAUAUCAAGAUUGGUUUUAGCACCCUGAACAGCUUGGUAUCAGCUAACUCUAAGUCAAUCAGCCAUGCAAUCACGCUCCAGAAGACUGUGGAAUAUAUCGCUAAACUACAGCAGGAGAGAAUGCAGUCACAAGAGGAAACUAGGCGCCUCCGGGAGGAGAUCGAGGAGCUAAACGCUACCAUCAUUUCUUGUCAACAGCAGCUCCCUGCUACCGGGGUUCCCAUAACCCGACAGAGAUUUGAUCACAUGCGGAGUAUGUUUGAUGAGUAUGUGAGAAACAGGACCCUCCAGAACUGGAAGUUUUGGAUUUUUAGUAUUAUCAUUAAGCCAUUGUUUGAGACCUUCAAUAGAAUGGUGUCUACGACCAGUUUAGAGGACCUGAACCAGACUGCAAUGGCUUGGCUGGAUGAGCAUUGUUCGCUCCGUGUUCUGAGGCCAAUGGUGCUGAACACCCUUCGGCAUCUCAGUAUAACCACCUCGAUUCUGUCAGAUCCAUCACACCUGCCAGAGCAAGCCACUGAGGCAGUUUGUAAGAUCAACAAAACAGCUGGAGAAACCUAACAACCACAAAUGAUGAGUUGCCUAAACAAGACGUGAAGAAAGUCCCAGCCUCACAGACUUGUCUCCUUACAGUUGGUGCACUUUAGAAAGGAUUCUCUCUAUCAUGUAGGACAUUGUUCAGGGCAUUUUGCCUCUGGCUCCUGAACAUGUAGAGAUUCAAUGCAACAUUGUCUAAUAUUUGGCUUCCUCUUCAGUACCUGUUAGAUUCAGUUAAGUGAGAAUGCCAACCUCAGAUACAUAAGUAGGCUAUAGUCCUGCAUUCAGCAAUAAAAAAUCUCCAUCAAUGAAGCAUGAAUAAAUACACAGGGAACAUCUUUGCAUAAAAUGACUUCAAGUACUAAACCAGGUGUAAAUUCGCUACACCUAGGAACAAUUUGUUAAAGGGAAAUGCACGUUUGAUUUCAUGAAAGGUAAUGUGCUUUUUCAUUUUAUUACCUGGUGUUCAAUUUCUUUGUUAUUUUACUUGAACAGUAAAAGUUGAUAAAAAGAAUGAUCAACAUAUUAAUAACCAAAGGAAAAAAAAGUUAAUCAAAGAUACAAAAUUGUGGUAAAAUACUAGAAUUAAAAUCUCAGGUUGUGUAUGUAUCUUUAUUCUAGUUCAGUAUAUUAUUUGUAUGUGAUCAUUUGGAGGGCAUGCUUUAUUUCCUAGCAAAUAAAGUAGCAGAUGUUUUUGUA